AUGCGACAUCAACCAACACCCCCCAAAAAAAUGCUCACAACACGUCGCCCAACCCCAACAACAGUCCUCUACACAGUCUCAACCCGCUCCACAUCCCAAACCCUCACCACAAAAGCUCUCCGCACAAUCUCCAUCCUCCUCCGCAUCCUCGCAGCAGCAUUCGUCACCACAACUCUCCUCCGAGAAUCCCACCUCGCAUUCCCGGGCCAUGCCGUCUUCCUCCCGAAAAAUCCCUGGAAGGGGUAUACGGAGGAGUCGUUGCUUGUGAUUCGAGGGUUGGGGGUGCAGACUACGACUUCUUCGAAUCGUUAUUUCUGGACUGGUGGGAAUACGAGGUUUAUUCCCCGUUCGAGUAUUCAGGAUAUUUGGAUUCAUGAGGCGUUUCAAGGGUUUGAGGUCAGGUUUUAUUUGUGUAUUGUUAUUGAGGGGGAGGAGGAGGGGGUUGUUGUUGUUGUGUUCCCGACUAUUCUGCCACGAAGGGAGGUUUUGGAACAAGUAUGGAGGGGAGCGAGGGCUUGUUUGUACGAGCCGAAGGCGUGA